AUGGACUUCGAGGAAGUUUUAAAGGUAAUCUUACGUUACUGUUAACUUAUUUAAGCUUCUUAGGGAUUCACGAGUUUGCUUAUCAUUGUUUUCAACGAUCUUCAGAGCAAAUACGAUGACUACGAGAUCGAAUGUAUGAUUAAAUUCCGUUUCAAUCAAAGUAUGUCACAAAAUAAGGUUGCUGUAGCUUCAGAAAUCAACGACAACCAUGUUUUCUUCGAGAAAACAGUAAUUUUAAAGUACAAUGACGGGGAAAUCGAACGAGAAUGGCGUCCUAUCGAGCAAGUUUAUUCUUUAGUCUUACCCGUUUCUGAUUGUUAUGCAAAGUUCUCAUUUUUGUAGACCCUUAUUCCGUCUCAAAACGGUCGACAACAUCACGAGUACCGCUCAAAUUUGGAGUUCUCUUGGUCAAUACGAGUUUUUAAUGGGUAAAUGUCAUAACGUCGUCGACGGAACGUCGCCGGAUUGGGGAAACGACGAUUGCUAAAAGUCGAAAGUAUUGGAUCAGGUUGUACCGCCACAAAGUUUUUUUUAAACUAUUCUCUGGGUCUUACAAGGUAGCUUAAUGUUAAGCCUAAACUGAGGCUUGGCCUAAUUGUUGGGUCUGAAAUCCGACGGUACGGUGUUCCGAAGAACAGCCGUCUCUUCCCCCAUUCGGCGACAUACGGUGGUCGAUAACAUCAAUUUUCAGCUGACCAUUUUGCUUACAAAACUUUGUUGGACAGUCCGAGAUUGGUUGAUAUGAUCCCUGAAGUCCCUCGUGAUAACAUCAGUAUCCCUUCCGAUGCCGUUUAUUUUGUUUCUGAUGGAUUCCUCAUGUUCAAUGUGGGUUCUGCUUUAAAACUAUAAACAUUUUGUUUGCAGGAAGUCGGAGGACAAGUACAAAUCCAGAAUCCAUUCUUUGUUGACAAGUUGAGAGAGUCUUGUAAUAUUGGAUUGAAUGUCAUAGUUGGGUUUGAUCAGGAAAAAAUGGCAAUAAUCCUUAAAAAAGGCAAGCAAAUGAUGGUAUCUUUGUAUCCAUUCCACUCUUGUAAAGAGAUGGUCGAAGAGGAUAUUACUGUAACAUUGCGCCAAGGAGGUCAUGAUGAUCAUGUUUUAGAGUCACAAUGGUACAAUUUGGUGAGCUGAUUACAUAUAUUAAUCAUGACGCCAAGACGAAUAAUGUUUUUGACAAUCAACUUCAGAUCCAUUUCUCAAUGCUUCAACGUGAGAACAGAUUAACUCUACCCGAUGGUUCAGUUAUCAAAUUCACUGCCAAAAGAAUGAAUCUUGCACUUGACGAGUGUGAUCACAUGGCUUCUCAUCAACGGAAUGUGAUCACUUUUCUUUCUCUCAUCUUUUCCUUCGUAUAUCUACUAUUUCUGGGUACUUUGGUACUGGUGAUUAUGGUAUUAUUGUCCAAAUUCUCGAUAUAUUCAAUUCUGAGGGCACAGAAUCCCACGCAAAGUGUAGUUAAAGCGACCCCAAAUUCCCCGGCAAAAAUAUUAACGAAUGCUGUUACUAAUGACGUCACCACGAUGACUACAGUAUACAAUGAAGGUAAUUUUUGACUGUUUUUUGAUUACUUUUUUACAGCAAGUCCCAUCUGGGAAAAUUCCCAUCAAAGUCCGCAAGCAUGA